AUGCACAUCAAACUGCCCUUCAAGCGCCAGCCGCGCGUCAUCGGCGGGCCGAGCCUCGCGGUACUCACGGACCCAGACCUCUUCACACUCGUGGCCUCCUACCAAGACGGACUGCCCAACUCGCUCGUGCACGAGUUCCGGCGCUACAACGAGCGCCUCGAGCGGCUCUUCUACAAGUCGCAGCCGAAUCUGCGCGCGCGCACGUCGCCCGCGCUCUUCCGCGGCUACGUGCUCGUCAAGCUCCUCAAAGAAGGCGACAUUGACUUUGCCCUUCAGCUGCUUCGGAUGUGCCCCACCAAUGCACUCCUUCUCAUUCCGCACCGUGGCACCAAGUACCCGGUGACGAUGGACCACGCGGUGCGGGCGCGGAGCCUCCCGCUGCUGACUGCGCUCCACGAACGCCAGCUCGGCAUGUGCACGCGCGAUGCGAUGGACAUUGCAGCGGCCAACGGCGACCUUGAGAUCGUCCAGUUCCUCCACGAACACCGCAGCGAAGGGUGCUCGUCGGACGCCUUUUUGUUUGCGGCCAAGCGCGGCCAUACGAACGUCGUGACCUUUCUCCGGGAAUAUCGACCGGCAGAUGAAGACGUGAUGCCGCUCCAGCCCCACGGCCGCGCGAUCACGGGCAAGGACGCCUCCAAGCCGGACUGCGUCGUGCAGUAAUCGACC